AUCUCUAGUGACUAGAGCCUAUCUAUAGACUAGAUCAGCUGCUGUUAGCAAGAUAUCAAGAGAGAGAGGCCGGUCCAUUGUUGUUGUUUUUGUUGUUAUCCAACCAGCUUUUCUUUGGAAGACGAGGACCCUUUCUUCAUGAUUCAUGCUAACUCCACUGUACAUUGGAAUUUAGAAAGCACUUGCUUUGAACUUGGUCAAUUUGGGGAUCAUUACAGAAAACAGACUUAGACAUAAAGAAACUCUAGUGCCAUUAAUAUUAUAAGCAUUUUGUUUGUCAACAUGAUAGUAUGAUAUGCAACCUAGAAUAUAUCAGAGUGAGAAACAAAGAUUGAAAACCUUUUGGAACUACCCGUCAUCAUCUCCCCAAUUUGCAUUAGUUCUAGCUCAGGCUGGUUUCAUUUACACAGGAGGGGGAGGAGCAGGAGAUUAUACUGUCAAGUGUGUGUUUUGCCAGAUAGAGAAAACUUCUUGGAACUCUGAAGAUGAUGUCGAAGAAGUUCAUAGAACAUUGUCACCGAAUUGUCCAUUGGCGACUGGGACAUUAUCUGGGAAUGUUCCUUUGACAAGAGCUUUACAAUCAGUAAAUUUUCAAGAAAUACUAAACAGACUUGGGGCAUACCAUGAAAGAAGGUCGUGUGUUAGAAAUGACUUCAGAGACUUAACCCAAGUUGAACACAGUAGCAGUACUAUACCAUCUGUGCCCCAUACCAGUAGAUCCAAUACAGUAAAUGACAAUGAACAAAAUAACGAAGUUCCAGCACCCAUCACUAUUAUCUCUGAUGCUGUAAAUGUUAAUGCUCUCUCCAACCCAUCUUCCAACUUAUCAACAAGUGCUUCUCAGGAGUCAACCUUGGUUGCUGUUAACUCAAUACAAUCUCACCAAACUUCUGUAUUCAGUGGAUUGGAGGCUACAUCCCAAACACCCAUCAACAGAGCUGACCAGCCUGUGAAUUCACCACAAGUUAGCACUUCAAAUCCAAGCACUGCCAAUCAAAGUACAGGGGCAGGUGGCCCUACCUAUUCAGAACUUGGAAUAGUCACUGACAGACCGAAACGUCCCGAAUAUGCCUUGAAGUCUGAGCGAUUGAAAACGUUCUCAAGCUGGCCCAGAGGACAUCGCCUUCAACCGUCUGAUCUUGCUGAUGCAGGUUUUUACUAUGCAGGCUAUGGAGAUUGUGCUCGAUGUUUCUACUGCGGAGGAGGCCUGCGUAAUUGGGAAGAUGAUGAUGAUGUCUGGGUAGAACAUGGAAGAUGGUUUUCUAAAUGCUCAUUUAUCCGACAACGUCUAGGUCAAGUCUUUAUUGAUGCCAUCCAGGAUUUGAAUAAAACAUUGGACAAGAUACCAUACAGCGCAGUGGUCAACAAAAUUGGAUCGGCUUCCUAUUCUUCUUUUCUAACAGAUGUACGAGAGGAUGCCUUAAAGAAAGACCCGGCAGUGAGAUCUGUUGUUGAACUCGGAAUACCUCAAAGUAUUGCUCUUGAGAUGGCAAGGUUGAUCAAAUCUAAUGAUGGGACUCUGUCAUCUGACAGUUUGUUGUCUAAAAUAAGAGAUGAGAGACCAGAUCUGGUCCUGACUUCCAGACUCAUGACUAGCCUGAGAGAACCAAACAGUUCAGUUGAAGAUUUGGAGAACAUCAGGAGAUUGAAGGAAACGAACAAUGUUCUACGUCAGCAAACUGCAUGCAAGAUAUGUAUGGACAAAGAGGUGGAGAUUGUUUUCCUUCCUUGUGGUCACCUAGUGUCCUGCACUGAAUGUGCUGCCGCCAUGAAAGACUGCCCAGUGUGCCGUAAACAUGUAAAAGGAACUGUCAGAGCGUUUGUUGGUUAAAAAUGUUGACUUACAUUUCAUUGUAUGAAUAAUGUUUAGCAAUUUUUUUGUUGAAAGUGCCUUACUUCCUCCAAUUACCAUUAUCAUUUUCCUCAUCCCAGUCUUACUUAGAGACUGUUUGGAUUAUCAUUAUCAAGUUUAACAUUUUCAAAUUGUGUUCAAAGUUUUUGAAAUGGCUUAGAACUCAUUUUUAUUUGCUAGCCAGAUGUUCUAGUGAAACUCCUUGAAAGGAAUUACAUCACCAAUACUUUUUUUUUUUUUUUACAUAGAUAAUAAAACACACAGCCAUAAACAAUUGUCAACAAUGAAAGAUUGAAGGUAGAUGUAAACAAGAUAACAAAACAAACAUCAAGUUUGAUUAUUUAGUGUUACAUAUAACUCUCAACCCUACUUCAUAACUAAUUACUUUAUAUCGCUGUUGGAAGAUAAAAAUCUCACAAUUUAAAAUAUUAGUUGGAAUUCAAACACAUGAAUGUGACAUGACAUUAGCAGACAUUAACACAAUAACUUAAAUUACCCAAGUGAUUGGGUAACAGACGUAUUAAUAUUAUUUUUAAUUACAAACUUUUUUUGUCCAAUUCUAUUCAAGGCAUAGAAUUGAUUUGUUGUCACUAGCAGAGACAUCCUAUUUUUAAUUUAUUCUACUCAUGUUUUUUUUUUUGUUGUUUUUUUAAUGUUUGUUAGGUCGUCACCAUGCAUUUUCAUUUUUUUGUUUUGUUUUUUUUAUGAUUCCUUUGUUUAAAGAAACAUUUUGGGUAGUAAAUAGUAACCAACAGUAUAAGAGUUUCCCCUUUCAGACCUUGCGGUCUAUGGAGCAGAUGAUGUUCAGGUCAUCUGUUUCUUUGGUUAAUGGUUAACAAGCAGCGUGUUAUGUGGCCAGCACAACGACCAACCGCCUUUACUUUCCCCAACUAAAGUCAGGUACGCAUUAAAGUUGGGUGGAAACAGGGGCACUCUAAAAAUCUGAAAUUCAAAUCCCAGUCUUCACUGAGAUUUAAACCCAGGACCCCAAGUUCGGAAGCCAAGUGCUUAACCAUUCGACCACUGGGCACCCCCAACCAACAGUAUAUCUCUUACUAAUGUUUUAAGCAGAAAAUCUUCAUAUAUGCAGAAAAGCUAUUAUUUUGUUUUUAAUUACAAAGUCAAAAAUGUUCCCCCAGUUUUGUGUUUGUUAUAUUUCCAGUUGACCAAACUAUUUUUAGUUAACAAAGUCUAAUACUUUGUUGCUAGAACAAUGUCAUCUUUGAUUUUGUUGGUCACUGCGCUCUAGUUCUAAAGUAACUGACUAAUGUAAAUAUAAUACAGCAUUGUCUUUCAAUUUGUAUGUCAUUCUAAUUCCCCUUUUGGAAUUACAUUCUUUAAUAAUGUAACAAAUGUUUACAAAUGUAUCAUUAUUUUUUAAAACAAAAAAAAACUGCAUCUGUUUAAUUAAUUGCUUGUUUCUAAAUAUCUGAACAAAAAAAUACCAUGUAAUAUUGAUCAGAUCAUUUUGAAAUUCGUGUUUUGUAGAAUUUUAUUUUUCCAUCAUUAAGAAAAGCAAACUAGUGAUGUUUGAUGAUGCUUUCUAGAUGUAAAAAGUUCCUUUGAUAAAAUCUUGCUACUGUCAAAUGUUUGGCUAACUGCUAUACUUAACUGUUUGAUUUAGUUCUUCUGUAUGAAAAUAUCUGAAGUGUCUUUUUUUUCUCUCUUGUAUCAUCUUGAGGAUGAUUUUUUGUUCAAUGGUUGUAAAACAAAGAAAAUAACUUACAUUCCACUACACAUCAGUGAGGAAAGGACUUUCCAUACGAAAAGUCUGCAAAGCUGUUCUCUUUUAAUUAAAACUUAUUUCACAAAUCUGGGUAAACAUACCUUUAAUUAUAGCUGUUGUCUUUUACUUUUUUUUUUUAAUAGAAACUAAAAACUUGUAGCAACGAAAAGGUGACAGUUUUAAAUUUUUAAACUGCAUCAUUAUGUAAACCAAGAGACCAAGGAUAAAAAAAAAUAUGUAAUAUUCCUUUGGCGUUAAAAAAACAACAUAUCUUGAUCUCAUUUAACAUAAUUUUGUAUAACUUUCUGAUUGUGUGGUAUACGCUCUGGACUGUGGUUUCCAUGACCCAGUGUUUGACCCAAUGGGAGUUUCGGGUUAGGUUUCAAUUUUAAUUUUCAGUUUUGAAAGAAGAUGUGAAACGUAAAACAAAACAAGCCGAGUCGACAAUAACUUCCAAAAUACUGGCUAGGCUUACGCUCAUUUUAAGAGGACAUACUCCCAUGUCUUCAUUUUGUGAGCCAUCAUCACUGAUAUUAAAUGUACAUAAAUGCUUAUUUAUUGGUUUGCAAUCAAUAGUCCACAUCCUUAGGCAGUAUGUCUAAUAAAAAAUCAUUCUGUCAUGUGACAGAGAAAUGGUAACAAUGGCGUUGAAGUCUGUUUUUAGAAGGACAUCCACAACUAUCUUGAACCACAGAGUUGAAAGUAUUUUAUAUUCAACUAGAACACUGAACUUUCUACCUCCUCUGCUGUAUUAUUUCAUUCUGUUAUUACUAGUACUACCUAUAUAUACAAACCUUUGAUUUAUUUUUGGGCAUUCAUUAAUGAGCUGAUGGCAUUGCUAUGUUGUUUUUUAAUUACCUUAAAGGUGAGGAAAUGUUUUUAUGUCUGAUUUUUCUUGAUAGAAUCUUUUUUUUUUACUUUAAUAUUUUUUGUGAAAUCUGGUCAAAUUAAAGUCUUGGAAUAAAAGAGAAUAAAUUUUA